AGCACCGGGAGCACCAGGAUCACCAGGAACAUCAGGAACACCGGGAGCACCGGGAACACCGGGAACACCAGAACCCUUUGGAGCGGGGAGCCACAUCCAGCCAUGAGCCGUGCAGGGAGCAGCGGUGGCAUGAGAGGUGGCACAGGAGGUGACAGCAGAGGUGACACCCGUCCCUAUGCCACACCAGAGGGAACUCAAGGCUCUGCUCCCCAGCCUCACUCUGGAGGCACCAGAGCCCCGCUCCAUCCCAGCCCAGGCUACACUGGGAGCACUGGGAUCCCCAUCCCGCUGCCGGGCAUGGAGCCUGCUGGCCACUUUGACAUGUGGCGGGACUACCUGGGGCUGGCGGCCACCAUCCUCCAUAAGCCUGCAAGCCUUGGGGACCCCUCGGUGCCACUGGAUCUGCUGGAUCCGUGUGCUGGGCCAGCUCCAUAUUCUGGGCCAGCUCCAUGUUCUGGCCCAUCUCCCGGUUCUGCGCCGGCUCCCCGUGCCGGGCUGGCUCCCUGCUCGUUCUGCCAGCACAACGGCGAAGCCCCCAGCAUGUACGAGUCGCACAGCCUGCGGGACGCCCAGGGCCGCCUGCAGUGCCCGGUGCUGCGCAGCUACGUCUGCCCGCAGUGCGGGGCCACGCAGGACCGGGCGCACACGCGCCGCUUCUGCCCCCGCACGCACCGCGGCUACACCUCCGUCUACUCGCGCCCGGCCCGCGCCAGGAGCAGCGGGAGCCGGCAGGACAACGCCAGGACGGGCCCGGGGGAUGCUGUGUGACCCUGCAGGGAUUUCCUCUGAGGAUGAGACCACGCCUCCCACCAGGACCAGUCUCCCCAGUUUGUGCCGAUUCCUGACACCGUGGGACCCUGGAAGAGUCGCUCUGGCCAGAUUUGGGCACUGCCAGUGGGACCAGUUCUGAGUUUUGUGUCACGUUUGAGUUUGGAGUUCUGAGUUUUGGUUAAUUCCAGGCUGGGAAGGGUCUGGUGCUCCUGCUGCUGGAGCUGUUACUGGUUGUUCUGAGUUGAGUUUUGGUUAAUCCCAGGCCAGAAAAGGACUGGGAAGGGGCCAGUGCUCCUGCUGCUGGAGCUGUUCUGGGUCAGAUUGUUAAAUUUUGGUUAAUCCCAGGCCAGAAAAGGGCCAGUGCUCCAGGUGCUGGAGCUGUUCUGGAUCAGAUUGUUAAAUUUUGGUUAAUCCCAGUGCUCCUGCUGCUGGAGCUGUUACUGGAUGUUCUGGGUCAGAUUGUUAAAUUUUGGUUAAUCCCAGGCUGGGAAGGGUCUGGGGCUCCUGGUGCUGGAGCUGUUACUGGAUGUUCUGGCUCAGAUGGUUAAAUUUUGGAUAAUCCCAGGCUGGGAAGGAGCCAGUGCUUCUGGUGCUGGAGCUGUUACUGGAUGUUCUGAGUUGUUUUGGUUAAUCCCAGGCCAGAGAAGAACUGGGAAGGGGCUGGUGCUCCUGGUGCUGGAGCUAGUCUGGGUCAGAUUGUUAAAUUUUGGUUAAUCCCAGGCUGAGAAGGGGCCAGUGCUCCAGGUGCUGGAGCUGUUACUGGAUGUUCUAAGUUGAGUUUUGGUAAAUCUCAGGCCAGAAAAGGACUGGGAAGGGGCCAGUGCUCCAGGUGCUGGAGCUGUUCUGGAUCAGAUUGUUAAAUUUUGGUUAAUCCCAGACUGGGAAGGGGCCAGUGCUCUUGCUGCUGGAGCUGUUACUGGA